AUGUCUUACGACAAGGAAGCCAGAUAUGAGAAGUUUUAUGGCGUCUAUGACAAAUGGGAUGAGUCGCGCUUUCGCUGGGACAAGAACGAUAUGCCAAACAAGUGCACUCAGCUUCAAGUCCGAUACAGAUGUGGUCACACACUUGGCGGCGAGUUCAUCAAAUGUGCGCGCCAUAUAAACAGUGAUGAUGAACGUUGCUCAAAUCGCUAUAUCCAUUUCGUCGAAGCCAAACAAUCGCCACACAAAUGCCGUACGUGCACCCGAUCAGGCUAA